CCAGGACGACGGCCCUGGACUACCCAGCGGGGCUGGAGGUAGAGUCCGGCCUCUGUGGGCAGUCUGAGGCCAGCCCCGCCCACCUGUCCCUUUUUCAGGGAUCACUAGUCAGGGGGCUCGUCGUUGUCGCUGUGGUGCCAUUGGCCUGGAGGGCUGCAUCAAGGAGGAAGUAGCUGAGUUCCCAGUGUUCUUCCUCACCUGUUUGGGCUACUGUGCACAGCUGCGCCCAGGCUCGGCCCCACCCCUUGUGGCCCUCUGCCUGUGACUCCCCCAUCCCUCUGGGGAGAUGCUGUCCGGUGGGUGGUUUCACCGAGACCUCAGUGGGCUGGAUGCAGAGACGCUGCUCAAGGGCCGCGGGGUCCAUGGGAGCUUCUUGGCUCGGCCCAGUCGCAAGAACCAGGGCGACUUCUCCCUCUCCGUCAGGGUCGGGGAUCAGGUGACCCACAUUCGGAUCCAGAACUCGGGAGAUUUCUAUGACCUGUAUGGAGGGGAGAAGUUUGCGACACUGACGGAGCUGGUGGAGUACUACACACAGCAGCAGGGUGUCCUGCAGGACCGGGAUGGCACCAUCAUCCACCUCAAGUACCCGCUGAACUGCUCCGACCCCACCAGCGAGAGGUGGUACCACGGUCACAUGUCUGGGGGGCAGGCAGAGACACUGCUGCAGGCCAAGGGUGAGCCCUGGACGUUUCUCGUGCGUGAGAGUCUCAGCCAGCCUGGAGAUUUUGUGCUGUCCGUGCUCAGCGACCAGCCCAAGGCUGGCCCAGGCUCCCCACUCAGAGUCACUCAUAUCAAGGUCAUGUGUGAGGGUGGACGCUACACGGUGGGUGGCUCAGAGACCUUUGACAGCCUCACAGACCUGGUGGAGCAUUUCAAGAAGACGGGGAUUGAGGAGGCCUCGGGUGCCUUCGUCUACCUGCGGCAGCCGUACUAUGCCACUCGGGUGAACGCAGCUGACAUUGAGAAUCGGGUGUUGGAACUCAACAAGAAGCAGGAGUCGGAGGAGACAGCCAAAGCCGGCUUUUGGGAGGAGUUUGAGAGUCUGCAGAAGCAGGAGGUAAAGAACUUGCACCAGCGGCUGGAAGGCCAGAGACCAGAGAACAAGAGCAAGAACCGUUACAAGAACAUUCUUCCGUUCGACCACACCCGAGUGAUCCUGCAGGGACGUGACAGCAACAUCCCUGGGUCCGACUAUAUCAAUGCCAACUACGUCAAGAACCAGCUGCUAAGCCCCGAUGAGAACGCUAAGACCUACAUCGCCAGCCAGGGCUGCCUGGAGGCCACAGUCAACGACUUCUGGCAGAUGGCAUGGCAGGAGAACACCCGUGUCAUUGUCAUGACCACCCGAGAGGUGGAGAAAGGCCGGAACAAAUGUGUGCCAUAUUGGCCAGAGGUGGGCACUCAGCGCGCUUAUGGACCGUACACAGUAACCAAUUGCAGGGAGCACGACACAGCUGAGUACAAACUCCGUACCUUGCAGGUCUCCCCACUGGACAAUGGGGACCUGGUUCGGGAGAUCUGGCACUAUCAGUACCUGAGCUGGCCUGACCAUGGCGUCCCCAGCGAGCCUGGGGGUGUCCUCAGCUUCCUGGAUCAGAUCAACCAGCGGCAGGAGAGUCUGCCUCACGCGGGACCCAUCAUUGUGCACUGCAGAGACUUCGAGACUUCCCUGGAUGUACCGUCUCAUCCAGCCCUGCCACAUACAGAUGAGAAAACAGGCCCAGCGGCUUGCCAGCUGGUCUGCGAGAGAGCCUGCACGGACACUCACAAUAGACCUCGGUCCUGGUCAUGUUGUUUCCUCACACGGGCUUACUCAGCGUAUAUAUUUUCUCGGCCCCAAGCAUCUCCCAUCUGGGGGCAGUGUGGCUCCCUACGUUUUCUCAUUUUCCCCUCUGUAGCCCCCGGGGCCCUUAGCCUUCUCUGCUGCUCCCUUCCCAGCUAGUGACCCCAGCUUGGCCUCCAGGGUUGCGUGGCGACGGGUGGUAUCUCUUCCAGAGGGGCCCACGCAUCACUAGCUCCACUGCAGAACCUCAUGACUAGGAGCCCCUGUUCCUGCUAAACGGGGAGGUGGGGGGUCAGCAAGGAGGAGGUGGGGGGUGGGGGCCCAACAGGCCUGAAGGGCAGAGUCCUGUAGAUGGGCCUACCCAGCCCGCCUGGCCUGGGUGCAUGGGAGGCAGUGGGUGCAGGUUCCUGGACAGAGACCGUAGUUUUAAAUUUCAGUUCUGCUACUCACCGGCUGUGUGAUCGUGGACAAAUUGCUUGGUUACUCUGACCCGCAGAUUCGUCUUCUGCAAAUUCAGGAUCUCCUAUGGUUGCUCUGAGGGUGAAAUAAGACCCCGUCACUGUGUCGGGAAUACAGUGAAUCCCUGAAGAAAUGGGAGCUGUGAAUGGUUUAAUAACUCACAGCAGGAAGAGAAUGGGGAAACGGGAGCCUGCUUUUUCUGCUUCCCUACCCACUCCCUCCAAGUGACCCCAGGCUGCGAGGGCCUCACACUUCUUCCUUCUUCCCACCAGCAACUGCUUGUCCUGGGGCAGGGCUGGGUGGGCUGAAACUGGGGGUACCCCCCACGUGCCAUCUAAGGGACUCUGCUCUGCCUCCAGGGGCAGGCCCAUCGCCCACAACGACCCUCCUGCUACCCCCCCUUCCACUUCUUGAAAUCCCCAUGGCCUUUAUUUAGAUGCUACAGGAAGGAAGUGGGUAAGGGGGGGGUUAUUUUUGACAAUCUGGGUUUGAAAUUAGACAGUGCAACUCAGGUCACCAGCCUGAUGGGCCCAGCAAAGGGGGUGGGACUGCAGUCUCCGAGGGGUCCUGAGGUUCCCCGGGGCUGUUUCCCCAAGGGUGGUGGCACAGGGCGGGGAAGGGGACAGCCCUUACUGCGUGGCUCCCCCACCUCUCCACAGCUCCUGACCCCAGUGCCCUUUGUGCCCUGCUGUCUCUAGGACUGCCCUUUCCCUGCCGUCAGGGUCU